AUGCUUCUGGCAGCCAUUGUAACUUUUUCCACUCUACUUAUCCUAGCCUUGGCUCUCCCUCAGCUGGAUGGCGUCCCAGUUUCUCUCAGGAAGAGGUCUAGUCUGUACGAUUCCGAGGGGUCUAUUGAUUUGGAUGCUGUUCCACUUUCUUCACUAUCCUUCGAGCCACUAUUCACCACAAAAAACUUCAGGAAGAUAAGGCAAGGGUAUGCAGCCUAUGAAGAGAACACUGGUGUCGUUCCCCUUAUCGACUAUCAUAAUGUUUGGUAUGGGAACAUCUCGGUUGGUAGCCCUGCGUCUGUGUGUGCAGUUGACUUCGAUUCUGCUGGCAACUUUUUCCUUGUGGCUGGAUCCGGGUCGACCUGCGAUGGGCACAACGAAUACAAUCCGAACUUAAGUUCCAAAAGUACACGUCUGGGAGACGCGUUUACUAGUCAAUUAUUUGGUGAGAACUAUACGAUUUCCGGGGAGAAAUAUUCUGACACUGUCACCAUUGCCGGGUACACCGCUAAGACUCAAAAUAUAAGUGUCGUAGAGAAAUACUCUGGCGCCUUCUGCCAAAAUGAUCACACUCCUCAUAACUUUAUAGGCUUGGCUUUCAAGGCUAGGCCGGGUGUAUCGGUACAAUCUGACACUCCUAUCAUUGAAACACUUGUCACAGAAGUGAACCACGAGCUAUACAAAGGUCAAUUCACUUACACAUCUGUUGUCAGUGAUGGGUUUUGGCAAGUCAACGUAGAUGGUCUAAACGUCGGUGGCAAGCGAAUUAUCAACGGCGUGGUUGGUCUCAUCGACACUGCAACUACAGUUAUUCUCGCCAACACCUCCAAUGUCAGUCAGUUUUACAACGCUAUUAAUGGAACGGAUGUCGGCGGUGGUUUGUACACCUUGCCCUGUCGUUCCAUGCCCACCGUCAGCGUGACACUAGGUGGUACUACGUUUGCACUGUCCAAAGAUACAUUCGAUCUUGGUCCCUACGACUCCAGCGGAGAGACUUGUGUGGGAGUUAUUUCAGCUCAUGAUGAUGUCGGAGAUGUAUGGGUACUAGGCGAUACCUUUCUGCGGAAUGUCUACACUGUUUUCGAUGUUGGAAAUGCACGAGUGGGCUAUGCCAAACUUGCCUGA